AAGUUGAUGUUGAAGUCACUGGUGAUGAUAAUCCUACACCAAGCGAUCGAUCCCACAAUAACCCAUGGUUCUACCUUUGACUUGGCUCGGAGGAAGCUGACUGAUGUAACAGCAGACAUGUUUAAAUCUGCUCCUAGCACCACCCGUCUCACGCUUGAUUACAAUGAGAUAGCAGAGAUAGAGACAGGAGCCUUUUCUGGUUUGCAGUUAUUAGAAGAGAUAAACUUGGCACAUAAUAAACUGACAAUACUGACAUAUGGUAUGUUUGGUAAUCUUAAAUCACUAACACAUCUGUUUCUGUAUGAUAAUGAUAUAUCUAAAAUAAAAUCGGGUGCCUUUUCUGGUUUGCAAUCAUU